AUGGAUAUCAAAACCUUGCUAGAUAAUCUUCAUGAAGAGGUUUCUUGUUCCGUGUGUAUGUGCAAGUUCACAGACCCAAAACAGUUGCCUUGCUUGCACAGCUUUUGCCUUCACUGCCUGAAUGGGAUUCAACGAACGAGUGCCAACCCCAAUGUGAUUGCGUGCCCUGAAUGCCGACAGGAAUUCAGAGUCCCUGAGAGCCGCAACCUCCAGGCUUUGCCUACAAACUUUCGCAUCAACAGUCUGCUUGAUGUUUUGGCCAUAAAAGAGUGUAAUACAAGCGGUGUGAAGUGUGGAAAUUGCGACAAAAAGAGCGAACACAGCUUUUAUUGUUUCCAGUGUUGUGCAUUCUGGUGUGAUGACUGUAUCGGUUUGCACAAUGGCAUCAGAGCCAAUAAAGAGCACCAUGCGCUCGCUCUGAAAGACUUUCAAGAUCAGGACUUUGAGAGCAUUUUAAAGCGACCAGCAUUUUGUGGAAAACCAGGCCACGAAAGGAAGGAAUUGGAAUUCUUUUGCAAGACCUGUGAAGCUGCCAUUUGCUAUUCAUGCAUCGCAACACUUCAUGAAGGCCACCCCAAGAUACUUCUAGAUGAAGCUGCAAAUGAACGCAAGUUACAUGUUCAGGCUGCCAUUGACUCUCAAAAACAGAGAGCUCUUCAGAUGAAAGAAAAUAUUGCAAGAAUUCAGGCUGACUGUGCGAACAUUCAAGCUCAGGUCGAUAACGUUAAGAAAGAUGCACAAAUGUUUGUUGACAAUAUGAUCGCUGUCCUGGAGGCGAAAAAGCAGGAAAUAUUUAAUGACGUUGAAAAGAAAGCGAAAGAAACUCUCCAGCUUCUGGGAACUCAACAGUGCAAAGUGGAAAGUAUGUUAAAAUCGAUUGAGGCAGAAAUCGAGAAAGGUGAACAAAUUUUAAAACGAAGAACAAGUGCCGAAAUUACAAAAUUGGACACCAACACAAUCUUUCAGGCAGAUGGGAUCGAUGAUGGAGGUCAUGACGAAUGUCACUUUGAAAAUCUUCGACACUUUGUUUUCAUACAAAACGAAAUGUUAAUGAACAAAGUGAACUCUAGAGGGAUUGGAUCAUUCAGAAGUUUUCCUAGCAAGACUGUAGCACAACAGUCAAGAGCUGAGGGAGAGGGAAUCAGGGAAGCAACCGCUGGACUAAAAGCGCACAUUGUUGUGACAACAAGAACUGCCGAUGGAGUUCAGUGCUAUGAGGAGCGUGACUUUGUGAAAGUGGAAAUAAGAAAUCGUCACGGAAAUGACUGUGCCACGAAAGUACUGGUGGGAGAUAACAAAAAUGGUACUUAUAAGAUCAGCUACUUUGCCAAAGAAACAGGAACAUGUGAGGCAUCAGUGAAGGUGAAUGGAGAACAUAUUCAAGGUAGUCCUUUUAAGGUUCAAAUCAAAGCCAGACAGUACAAGCCUGUGUUGAGUUUCGGCCAAGAGGGGUCUUCUUUUGGAGGAUUUAAUCAGCCCUGGGGAGUUGCAGUUAAUGAACACGACGAAAUAGCAGUCACUGACAGGAAAAACCAUAGAGUGCAGAUCUUUGAUGCGACGGGAUCCCUCUUAAGAUCCUUUGGCUGCAAAGGUGAUCAGGAGGGAGAAUUUAACGAACCUUGUGGGAUUGUUUUUUAUAAUGAUAAAAUUGUAGUGGUGGAUCGUAAUAACCACCGAGUCCAAGUCUUAAGCGCACAAGGUGAGUUUCUUUACCAGUUUGGGGGCGAAGGAAAUCUUGAUCACCAGUUUAACCUCCCUCUUGGUAUAUCAAUAGAUUAUGAAGGCAAUUUUAUCGUUGCCGAUUCACGUAACAAAUCUAUUAAGGUAUUUUCUCCAAGGGGCCAUUUUCUGCGCAAAAUUCGCACAACUGUCACCUUUCCCUUUCACUGUAUUCAGCAUGACAACUAUCUUGUACUGUCGGACUAUGAGGAAAAUUGUGUUGAAGUUUUAAAUGUGGAGGGAGCGGUUAUGUGUAAGUUUGGAGCAGGUUAUGGAGACGGGGAGUUCAAUUCACCUUUUUGUUUAUCAGUUACCAAAGCAGAACAUUUGAUUGUCUGUGAUGGAGGUAACCACAGGGUACAGGUGUUUGAAAUAACUGGAAAGUUUGUAACUAAGUUUGGAAGCUUCGGUAGUGGCAAAGGAAAGCUUAAUGUACCAGUUUCAGCAGCAGUCUUAAGCGACGGUAAGGUAGUUGUCUCUGACUUCCUUAACCACCGUGUUCAGGUAUUUGAAUAA